GUGCGGAGCCCGAUUGUCACUCAGCUCCCGCGCCGGGGGCGACAGAGCCACCGGUGCCCGAGUCGAGUCCCAGCCAGCUACCAUCCCUCUGGACCUUACAGGCCGGCCUUGGCUUCCCCAGGAAUCCCUGGAGCGAGCGGCUGCUGAAGGCGGCAAGGUGUGGGGGCACUUGAACAGAACAGCUCAGGUAGCCGGGAACUCUGCCAGCUUUGGUGACCUUGGGCCGGGCUGGGAGCUCUGCGGCGGGAGCCGGAGGACUAUGAGCUGCCGCGCGGUGUCCACAGCCCAGCCCAACCCUACCGCGCGCGGCCCGGAGCUCUGUUGCCUGGAACUUUGGGCACUGCCUCUGGGACCCCUGCCGGCCAGCAGGCAGGAUGGUGCUUGCCUCGUGCCCCUUGGUGCCCGUCUGCUGAUGUGCCCAGCCUGUGCCCGCCAUGCCGCCCUCCAUCUCAGCCUUCCAGGCCGCCUACAUCGGCAUCGAGGUGCUCAUCGCCCUGGUCUCUGUGCCUGGGAACGUGCUGGUGAUCUGGGCGGUGAAGGUGAACCAGGCGCUGCGGGAUGCCACCUUCUGCUUCAUCGUGUCGCUGGCAGUGGCUGAUGUGGCCGUGGGUGCCCUGGUCAUCCCCCUCGCCAUCCUCAUCAACAUUGGGCCACAGACCUACUUCCACACCUGCCUCAUGGUUGCCUGUCCGGUCCUCAUCCUCACCCAGAGCUCCAUCCUAGCCCUGCUGGCAAUUGCCGUAGACCGCUACCUCCGGGUCAAGAUCCCUCUCCGAUACAAGAUGGUGGUGACCCCCCGGAGGGCGGCGGUGGCCAUCGCCGGCUGCUGGAUCCUCUCCUUGGUGGUGGGGCUGACCCCUAUGUUUGGCUGGAACAAUCUGAGCACGGUGGAGCGGGCCUGGGCAGCCAACGGCAGCAUGGGGGAGCCCGUGAUCAAGUGCGAGUUCGAGAAAGUCAUCAGCAUGGAGUACAUGGUCUACUUCAACUUCUUUGUGUGGGUGCUGCCCCCGCUUCUCCUCAUGGUCCUCAUCUACCUGGAGGUCUUCUACCUAAUCCGCAAGCAGCUCAACAAGAAGGUAUCGGCCUCUUCUGGCGACCCGCAGAAGUACUAUGGGAAGGAGCUGAAGAUCGCCAAGUCGCUGGCCCUCAUCCUCUUCCUCUUUGCUCUCAGCUGGCUGCCUUUGCACAUCCUCAACUGCAUCACCCUCUUCUGCCCAUCCUGCCACAAGCCCAGCAUCCUCACCUACAUUGCCAUCUUCCUCACGCACGGCAACUCAGCCAUGAACCCUAUCGUCUACGCCUUCCGCAUCCAGAAGUUCCGCGUCACCUUCCUUAAGAUUUGGAAUGACCAUUUCCGCUGCCAGCCUGCACCCCCCAUUGACGAGGAUCUCCCAGAAGAGAGGCCUGAUGACUAGACCCCGCCUUCUGCUCCCACCAGCCCACAUCCAGUGGGGUCUCAGUCCAGUCCUCACUUGCUCACUGUCCCGGGGGUCUCCCUGAGCCUGCCCCAGCUGGGCUGUGGGCCAGGGGCACGGGGGAGGCUCUGAAGAGAUACCCGCAGGGUGUGGUCCCUCCACUAGGAGUUAACUACCCUAUACUUCUGGGCCCUGCAGGAGGCUUGGGAGGGCAAGGAUCCUACAGAGGGACCGGGUGUCCAGAGGCAAGAGUGUCCUGAGCCUCCACCUGCCUGACCAUCCCAUGAGCAGUCCAGCGCUUCAGGGCUGGGCAGGUCCUGGGGAGGCCAAGACUGCAGAGGAGCCACCUGGGCUGGGAGAAGGUGCUUGGGCUUCUGCAGUGAGGCAGGGGAAUCUGCUUGUCUUAGAUGUUGGUGGUGCAGCCCCAGGACCAAGCUUAAGGAGAGGAGAGCAUCCCCUCUGAGACGGAUGGAAGGAGAGAGGUCGAGGACUCACUGACCUGGCUGUCUCUCCUGUUCUGUAGGAGAGGGUGGCCAGAGGCAGCUAAGGGGCAGGAAUCAAGGAGCCUCCAUUCCCAACUCUGAGGACUCUGGGCCCCAGGCCAUACCAGGUGCUAGGGUGCCUGCUCUCCUUGCCCUGGGUCAGCCCAGGAUUGUACGUGGGAGAGGCAGAAAGGGUAGGUUCAGAAAUCAUUUCUGAUAUUUGCUGGAGUGCUGGCUCCAUGCCCUGGGGAGUGAGCUUGGUGCGGUGGGUGCUGGCUUCAAACAGCCAUGAGGUGGCAGCUCUGAGCCCUCCUUCUUGCCCUGAGUUUUCCAGGGAGGAGCCUGGAGUGUAAUUACCUGUCAUCUGGGCCACCAGCUCCACUGGCCCGCCCGAUGCUGGACCUGAACUGUCCUAGGUGACCCCAUCUCUGCUGCUUCUGGGCCUAAUGGAGAGGAGAACCCUAGACAUUCUGCCUGCCUGGGGACGGGGUGGACGAAGGAAAGGGUCUGUAAGGACUCAGUGUUGACUGUGGGUCCCCCUGGGGUGGGUUUAGCAGGCUGCAGCAGGCAGAGGAGAGCACCCCCCGAGAGUGUGUGGGAGAAGGCCUUGCUGUCAUGUGAAUCCCUCAAUACCCCUAGUAUUUGGCUGGGUUUUCAGGGACUUUGGAAGCUCUAUUGCAGGUGUCUGGGGGUCUAGGACUUUAGGGAUCUGGGGAAGGACCAACCCAUGCCCUGCCAAGCCUGGAGCCCCUGUGUUGGGGGGGUGAGGCAGGGAGCCUGGAGCCCCUGUGGAGGGGAGGUAAGGCGGGGGAGCCUGGAGCCCCCGUGUAGGGGGGGGCGAGGCAGGGGAGGGGAGGUGGUCACUGAGUUGACCUUCUGAACAUGAGUGUCAACUCCAGGUCUUGCUUCCAGGCCCUUCCCUCUGUUGGAAAGGGGGUGUGCCCUGGCUCCCAAGGGAGGCCCAUGUGACUAAUAAAAAACUGUGAACCCUG